CACAGUGGUACAGCCGGCGGGAGCUUUGUGUAAGGAGAUACAGGCAAGUUCUAACAGGCUAAGGCAAGUUCAGCGAACAUGAGUUCAGUACACCUGAGUGAAUGGCAAAAACGGUCCUUUGACAUUACAUCUGGCACCUGCACACCUGAACAGAAGGCUGAUGCCUACCGCGCACAUAUUCUAGACAUUCAGUAUGCAUGGGCGAACUCGGACCUCUCCAAUGCCUGCACUGGGAGCUUGUUCAGGAAGUACACAGAGAAAUACUCUGCCAUUAUUGACUCUGACAGUGCAGAGACCGGGUUGAAUAACUACGCAGAUAGCGUUUUGCAUCUGGCCAGGUGUCAGAGGAAUGACAGUGACAAAUGGGAGUCGUCCCUUACAACAGAGAGCGUAUUAAAGUUAAAAUGCGUUCAAGGGAUGAUUGAAGCUGGUACAAAAAGCAGUAAUGCUCUGGUGGCCCCGGCUGACAUGAAUGUAGUAGUCGGUGAUGAAGUCUGUAAUAAUGCAGGUGAUGAUCAUCCUAAAUUUGCUGGCUCCUCUUCAACUAAUAGGCCAUCUAAAAAAACUAGUGCAGUACCAUUAGUCACUCGCACUGGUAUUGCCAAUAUGUCCUCCUUGUUUAAUGACGGACCACUAAAUGCUGGGGUUGCUGCAGCUUCAGUGUUUGGAAACCUGGAAAUGCCUGGUGCGAGUUCGGCCAAACCAACAAUAGGUCCCCCUCUAGCAGUGAGUCAUUGUGGUGCAGGAUCAAGUAAUCUCUAUGCUGCCAACCUGCCCUCCUUGUUCUCGUAUUCUAACUCCACAAAAAGAAAUGCUUUCUAUGGCAUCGCCAGUGAGGACGACAUUGACUCAUUUCAAACCGACGGGCAACGACCGCAAGAAUAUCCUGCCCCUUCUGACACAAGAAGCUACUGUGGGAAUGGGAGACGAGCAGAGGAAAGUAGCCUCACCAGCUUUAAAACUGCCAAGGAGCAAAUGCUUGUGGAACAGCAAAAAAAGUAUGGCAACCAGCCUCAGCGGACACCCGCCAUGUCAUCCUACGGUGGGGCAAAAAAGUCCUUGGGAGCCAGCAGGUCUCGAGGUGCAUUUGGAAAGUUUGUCCCACCUGUAGCAAAACAAGAUGAGGACGAAUAUGGGAGGACAAGAGCCUCAGGAGGUCCUUCUUCUGAACCCAAGCUGCCCGUGGACGAGCGCUUGAAAAACUUUGAGCCCAAAAUUAUUGAGCUGAUCAUGAGUGAGAUCAUGGACCACGGCUCCCCCGUUAGCUGGGAUGAUAUUGCUGGGCUAGAGUUUGUCAAGGCCACCAUCAAGGAAAUUGUGGUCUGGCCAAUGUUGAGGCCAGACCUCUUCACAGGACUGAGAGGACCUCCUAAGGGGAUCCUCCUUUUUGGACCCCCGGGUACUGGGAAGACACUAAUCGGUAAGUGCAUUGCGUGCCAGUCGGGGGCAACCUUCUUCAGCAUCAGCGCCUCCUCUCUUACCUCCAAAUGGGUAGGGGAGGGUGAGAAGAUGGUGCGCGCUCUGUUCGCCAUAGCGCGCUGCCACCAGCCUGCAGUGAUCUUCAUUGAUGAGAUUGACUCCCUCUUGUCUCAGAGGGUGGAUGGGGAGCAUGACUCCUCCCGCAGGAUUAAGACAGAAUUUCUGGUGCAGCUGGAUGGGGCCACCACCUCUGCUGAUGACCGGAUUCUUGUUGUUGGGGCCACCAAUCGGCCCCAAGAGAUUGACGAGGCUGCACGCAGGAGGCUGGCCAAAAGGCUCUACAUCCCCCUGCCUGAAGCUUUGGCAAGGAAGCAGAUUGUUGUCAAUCUGAUGUCUCGGGAGAACUGUCGGCUUGGGGACGAGGAACUCGAGCUGAUCAUCCAGCAUUCUGAGGGUUUCUCUGGGGCGGACAUGACGCAGCUGUGCCGGGAGGCCGCCCUGGGCCCCAUCCGUAGCAUCCAGAUCACUGACAUCUCCACCAUCGCUUCAGACCAAGUACGGGCCAUUGUCUACACAGACUUUAAGGACGCCCUCCAGACCGUGCGCCCCACCGUGUCCUCCAAGGACUUGAAGCUGUACGAGGACUGGAACAAAACAUUUGGCUGCAGCCGUUAAGAGAAACAAACCUGAAAACAACAUAGUUUAAAUCAGUUUUUCUUCCAUAUAUACCAUAUGUUUCUAGUUGAAUACGAGCAAGGUUGUCAAAAUUGUUUUGCAAUCAGUUUUUUGGAGAUUUUUCAAUUUGACCUUCAGGAAGUUUAAGCUUUUUUUAGUAUAUGACUACAAUAGUACACUAGUAGUUCCUUGUUUUCAUCUGCAGUUUAAUUCAUGCUGUCCUGACCCAAAGCUGAAGUAGCCAGCACCAUAUUAACCCAUGGCAGAUUCAGUUUCAAACGUUAUGAUUGAAUUGUUGCUGGCAAGCAAAUGUUUGUGUUGAGUGAAGAAUAUGUAUUUGUCUUACUCUGCUCCUUGAUGCUUGAACCACUUGUAUGCUAAAAAAUAUUCUUUUAUUUUCUGUUUAAUUCAAGUUGUGAUAUACUGCAAAUAGAAACAUAGAGGAGAAACCAGAAGCUUACUUUUUUUUUUUUUUUUUUUUUUUUUUUUUU